AAGAAUUGAUAUACAGUAACCCCAUCACCAUUUAUCAAGGGAAAAAAAAUACAGAACCCUUUAGUUGAAAAAUGAAUCCGCUUAGUAUUGUUGUUUUAUCUAACAGUAAAUUAACUGUAGGGGAGCCUCCACACAAGCAGGUGCAUUCAUUCCGAAGUACUAAUUUUGGUCAGUACCACAUUUGCCAACUUUCCCUCUGACAGCUGAAUGCUUCCAAUUUGCUGCAAACAUUGUCAGAUUUGUCAGGAAAUGACAAAAGAUAAUUUAGGCCAAAGGGUAAUAGAUGUCUGUCUUUAUAUGGAUUUGUAAAAUUAUGCCUUGAAUUAUUAAUGUUAUCUAAGCUUUGAACGGCAGAAAAUGAGGCAAUGGAACAAGUUGCACCACACUAUACAGUGAUUCAACAGUCGACAGUAAGCUCGGCCAUCGGAGUUUUUUGCUCGGGAUCUGCAGUGUAGAGAGUCUUCUCAAGGGUCUUUUAUCAGGGUUGCAAUCUGAAACGCAUGAGAAUUCAGUGUAUUUUGAGGUCAGAUUUUGGGCUUAGAGCAGGAGCCACGAGGAUUUUGGUGCUGAAAUACAGCACACCGUCCUUGGAGAUUCUGAGAGCUUUUUAAAGGAGGUCUGUAUAAAGGAGAUUGCUAUUAAUAGAAAACUGUAUAAAAGGCAGUGAUUUUCGCUGAUUUGAACUGUUUUAGCUUCUAAAAGCUUUUAGCAAUCAGGGAUGUUUGAUGGAGGCAUGACUAUGUCGUUCAAUACUACUGUACACCGCCCACCAGUUCUGGGUAAUUUAAGUAAAAGCAGAAGCCAGUGUAGAGCAAGACCAACCCCAUCUAUUGCAGUACAAAUGUCUUCAUCACUUCUACAAACCAAUGAGAGUGGAAAUUUACCUGAAUCCAAAAAGAUAUCAGGUUCAUGCUCAGCCAUAAUUAAAUGCCAGACUCAGAAUUCCCUGCUUAGUCAAGCAAAUACUGUCGGUAUUAUUGGAGGGGUUUCUGUUUUGUCUACUCUUAUUUUCCUGGAGAAACUGGUGUGCUGGAGCUCAAGAAAUGGAGAAGAAUGUGUUCCUUUUGUCGUCUGCAGUGAUCCAGCCCUGGAUGAGGGCCUUAUCUCUCAAGGUUCAAUUCAUUCAUCUUCAGGUGAAAUUGCUCAAAAGGAAGUGGAUCACGAACCUAUUAUUGAGAAUCUGAGGAAUAAAAGAGUAUUUCUUGAGCAGUCUGGAGCUCGUUGCAUAGUUAUGCCAUGCCAUAUCUCAAACGCAUGGCAUGAUGAGAUAUCUGAGGGCUGCUCGCUGCCAUUUUUCCAUGUCGGUGAAUGUGUUGCCAGAGAGCUUAAGGAAGCAAAACUGAAACCACUGGAUGCUGGGAGUACCGUGCGGAUUGGGGUGCUUGCCACCUAUGAAACUAUAGCUGCUGGUUUUUACCAGGAAAAACUCCAGAAGCAGGGUUUUGAGGUUGUUUUGCCAGACAAGGGAACCAUGGAACACAUUCUGAUUCCUGCAAUUGAAUCAUUGAACAAAAGGGACAUGGAAGGGGCUCGGAACCUCUUGAGAGUUGCAAUCCAAAUCCUUUUAAUCAGCGCUGUGAAUGUUGUCAUCCUUGCUUCCGAUGAACUGCAGAAUCUUCUACCUCGAGAGGAUCCUCUUCUCAAAAAAUGUAUCGAUCCAAUGGAUGCUUUGGCCAGGUCAACUAUAAAAUGGGCCAAAUCUGCAAAGAAGGUACAUAAGAAAACUUGAACAAUACUUGGCAUCACACUGACAAAACGUGUGAAAAAUCUUGCUGUCUUUUAGGAGUAUUUGUCUAUAAGAAGUGCCUGCAUCUUGUUUAUAUUAUUGUGUCAAUAAAAGAAUAAUAACAGAUGCAUAUGA